AUGCGAAAAGAGCAAGGGUGGCUACACAAGCCAGAUUCGCAUAAUCUUGGGGGACCAUGCAUUGUUGCCAUGGUAAAUGCUGCACAAUUGACUUCACAUCUGAAUUGCAAAGUGAAGUAUUACGGUGCCUUCGGUAAUGACGAUACAGCAAAAAUAGUAAUCGAUGUACUGAAGAAGACUCCGAUUGAUAUAAGCAAUCUUCGUCUAUAUGACAACAGGGAAUCCUCCUGUGCAUUUUGUCUUUCAGAUCCAAACUACGCCAAUGGAGCGGGUGAGAGAUGCUUUAUUGUGGAUACUGGAGUUCUUGGCACCUUAUCUUCCGAUAUGAUUAUAAGCGAGGAUUUCUUUAAAGGCGAUAUCUUGUUUUUUGGCGCCACUGCUCUUAUGCCUCUUCUUCAUCAAGAGCUUACCUCAUUGCUUUGCAAAGGGAAGCAGAAAGGUAAAAUAAAUGUCGUGGCGACAGUUUAUGAUCAAGUCAAUGAAACCAAGCACCCACACAAACGGUGGCCAAUGGGGAAGUCUGACGACUCCUUCAAGUACAUGGACCUCCUUAUGGUUGACAUGGACGAAGCGUUGGGAAUCAGUGGUAAAACGAAUGUUAAGGAUGCCAUUGAUUUUUUUGUGGAAAAGGGAGUAAAGGCCUUUACCAUUACUCACGGAUCCAAUAAUGGUUAUGCAUGGUCGGAUGGCACGCUUUUCAAGAAGAUGGAUCUGCACACAUUCCCAAUUUGUCAAAAAAUUGUUGAUGAUAUCACUGCAAACCCGUCAAAACGAGGUGACACCACCGGUUGUGGCGAUAAUUUCUCAGGCGCCAUCCUUGCUUAUAUUGCGGAGAGCUUGGAAAAGGGUAAAACCCCUGGAGAACUUGACCUUCGUGAGGCAAUCAGCUGGGGUGUCGCUGCAGGGGGUUUCGCCUGCUUCUCUGUUGGGGGUACCUAUCUUGAGAAAGAAAAGGGGGAAAAGAGAAGGUUAAUUGAAUAUUAUCGUCGUCACUAUAUUUCUCAGAUGAAGAGCUCAAAGUUGUAG